UGAAAGAACGCGAGCUUCUAAUGAUACUUGUUCAUCAAAAUGGAGUCCGACAACACGGAAACCAAUGUACUUUACGCAAUUAUCAACAAUAUUCCACCAGAAUACCACUCUAAAGAUCUUAGGAAUUAUUUUUCACAGUUCACAGAGUCCAAAGGUUUCGAUUGUUUUCAUUUCCGAAACAGACCAGAAUCAGUGUCUUCUUUGGAUCCGAAAAAGUCGGAAUUAUUGCCACCGUCUGGAAAACGUUCGAAAUGUUGUGUUGUUAAAGUUCACAAGCACAAAUUCGGAGAGUUUUUAAAAAUGUAUAAUAAAAAACAUUGGAUAGGAAUAGAUGGUGAAAUUAUGACGCAGAUCUGUUACAUCUUUAAAAUCAAAAUGCCUGCGAAUUCAGAAAAAAGCAAGAUGGUGACAAGAGGAGAAAGAAAACAGGUUCCAUCAGAUAGAGAAUUGUUUACAGAGCAAGAUCUCAAAGUGUUGCCCGAAAUGAACCCACCAGAUAUCAUGCCAAAUGGGAAUGUUGGCACUCCUACCUUGGUAUUUCUCGACUUUAUUAAACAGUGUAGACUACCACCUAAAGUAAUUUCAAAGUUAGGGCUGACAUUCCCUAAAACUCGAACUAAUAAACAGUAUGGCAGUGUGCCCUUUGACUAUGGAAAUGACGUCGUGGAAGGGAGUCAUGAAGCUGAAUGUGAGGUAUUGACUGCAUCUGGACACAAACUAGUGACAGAAAAUGUGAAUCAGAAGUCUGGGAUUUCUGAAUCUGACUCCGCGUCAAUAAAACCGAGAAAGAAAAGUAAGAAAUCAUGGAGAGAUGAUGAAGCCAGGCGAAGAAUGGAUUUAAAUAUUGAAGAAAAAAUGAUAGGAAAACAGGAUGGAAGUGAAGAGGAUAAUGAUUCGUGUGAAGAAUGGGAGAGACACGAAGCUCUCUAUGACGAUGUUUCCAACCAGGAGAGAAAUACAGAACGGUUGUUUGAGGAGGAAAUAGAGCUGAAAUGGGAAAAGGGAGGCAGUGGGCUGGUGUUUUACACCGACGCCCAGUACUGGCAAGCCCAGGAUGGAGAUUUUGAUGAGCAGACAGCAGAUGACUGGGACGUAGAUAUGAGUGCUUACUACGAGGAAGGUGCGGGCGACAAAGAUGCUAGGGACUUCCUCAAGCUUAGGCAGGAUAAGAGACGCAGGGACGGAAUUGAAGCCACAGAUAGAUUUACAGCUGGUAUUGCUAUCAAGAAAAAGAAUAAAGGUAAAAAUACAGAAGGGAAACCUGCUACAAUUGGCAAGUUUGAAGCACAUACAAAAGGAGUUGGUCGUCGUAUUUUGGAAACUCAGGGCUGGACUGACGGGGAAGGAUUAGGGUCAACAAUCAGGGGCCGGGCAGAGGCACUAGACAGUGAAGGCCAGAACCCUAGAGAUAGGAAGGGGCUAGGGUAUCAUGGUGAGAAAUUAAAUCGUAAUCCUGGGCGUGCUCAGCGGAAGGUUGUGAUCUCCACAAUAUUUGAUAAUCCCUUGGAGACUGAUCCCAAUGAACCUCUGAAACGAAGACAUGAGCCCUAUCAUCUGAAGUACAGGGACGAGGUGAAGUUCAGGAAGUCAGAGGAAAUUCUUAAUCAAACUGAUCUGUGAUAUCAAGGACUCUGGUUACCAAAUGAAUGGGAUGUUGAUGCAUAAUUUUUGUAUUAAAAAAAACAUCAAAAAAUGUGCACAGAGAUGUUAUGUCAAAAUAGAGUGAGAUUUUUCACAAUACAUGUAUUGCCUUGCCCUGGUUUUGCUACACUCUUAAAAUCUUUAUGAGCUAUGUUGGUUGUCUAUUGUUUGAAAUUCUAAGCAAGACAAUAAACAUUCCUUUAUCAAAUUAUAUGUCUUGCAUGAUGCAACUUGUAAACAAUAAAUUGUUAGUGCGAUAAUUGUAUCAUAUAUCUUCCAGAAAAUCGUGUUUUUUUAUCACAUACCAUUUAAGGGGAACACUAAGGCCGCCACUGUGCUUAUGUAAGUUUUAACAAGACAUUCAAAAUAUGACAUAUUAUUGUAGUGGUACAUUGUAUUUUCUUGGUGACAUUUAGUCUGGAUCAGCAAUACAGAUACUGUAACAACACAAAUUUGUAUUUAAAGGGGCCUUUUCACAGAUUUUGGCAUGUACUGAAGUUUGUUAUUAAAUGCUUUAUAUUAAUAAUGUAAACAUUGGAUCGUAAAAUCUGCAGCAAAAAAACAUGAAUAAAAUUUAAAAAAGAAAAAAAGUAACCCUAACCUGGACUGGAAUCACUGACCCCUGGAGUACAAAUGUAAAGACCACUUGGUCAUCUGUGCUCAUACAAGGAGUUAUGAAUUUAAUUCGAAGCAAUCCUUGUUGUAUCACAAAAUAUAACAACAACAACAGAACUCCAAAUUAUUUAAUUGUUUCGCGUUGCAAUGCUUUAUAAUUUUCAGGUUUUUAAAUCGUCAAAAGAUGCAUAUAAUGGAUAUAUAAUAGCAUGGUAAAUGUUCAGUAUAACUGUUACCUCACAAAUAUAACUACAACGAAAGUUUGCGAAUCUGAAACAUUUUUUCUCAUUUUGUCAAUUUACCAAAACGUGAAAAGGCCCCUUUAAAAUGAUUUCAACAAUAGUUUUCUUGGACUAUUUAACUCUAGCUAACAAGUCCACAUUUAACAUAUAUUGCACUUGCAAUAUUUUAGAACACUGACCGGAAAGAUUUAUAUGCAUGUGAUUGGCAUUUAUGGAAACAACUAAUCUGGCUUGUUAAGUACUGUAUGCAAUCGUUAAGACUUUUGGGUAAUUUUGUAACUUAGAUAUGUAUCACUAGUUUUGCAGGACUUAAGUACCAGAAAUAUGAAAAACAUAAGUACAGGAAGAAAUUGUACAUGUUUAAUUGCCAUUAGAACUGGACUAAAUAAUACAUUUAAGGUUUCUGUGGUGUAAUGUAAAUGGUGUUCGCCUAGCCACCGGAAGGUCUAGGGUUCGAUCCCCACUGUGGGAGCGUUCUUUAGAUCUCCCCCAAAGACAACAAGUACUGGUUCUAGGCCCAGGAAACGGACUUGAGAGUGUUUCAAUAAGCCUAAGGCUUUCGAUGCAAUCGAGCUUAAAUUAAUAGGUUUAAACUAAAUAAUACAGCAACUGGAAGAAAACAUGAUAUACAGAAGGCUAAAAUGAAUAUUGCAUACAGUCUUGAUUUAGAGGGUGUAAAUUUGAAAUAAAAUUGUAUAAUUCA